GUAAACCACCUGCAACUGUUUGAUGCCCACAGUGAGGACAAAGACGUGCUUACAACCUGCACUGUGUUUAGGAAACAUAAAUAUAGCGUAAUUCAUAAACCGAAAGAAAUUCUCACGUUCACUAUGCCAAGGCACUCGUGUUGUCGGUCAAACAUAUAUCCAAACAAAGUGAACAUUACUCAGUUUAGCUCAAGCGAUGGACGCACAAUAAACCAGAAUACCGAAACUGCUUUUGAUUGGAACUAUACCAACUACAUCAUCACCGUCCACUUCGAUCACUUUGAAAGGGAAAACCUUUUUUCAUUUCUUAUUUCAUUUUUGAUGUACAGAAUGUUCCAACUCAAAUGCCACUUACCAAUUGAGAAAGAUUUGCACAUCCGAAUUAAGGAUUACGAUCUGCUCGGUACCGACGACAUUAUUGGUGAGACUUAUGUAGAUUUGGAAAAUCGUCGCCUGACGAAAUAUCGGGCUACAUGUGGUCUACCACAGACCUAUUGUGUUUCGGGACCGAAUCAGUGGCGUGACUCGAAAACCCCGUCGGAGAUUCUGGCAGAUGUUUGUGACUACUACAGUCUGCCACCACCGCAAUACGAAGAGACCGGUGCCUCGCACAACUUUGGACAGAAGAAUUUCGCUCUUGAUCAAUUCGAACGAGGCACGAUUCCGAAUCCACAUUUGGGACCGGCUAAGGAACGGUUAUCUCUGCACAUAUUGAAUCACCUACCGCUCGUGAAAGAACACGUGGAAACACGCAUGUUGUUCAGUCCGCUCCAGCCAAAUAUUGAACAGGGAAAAGUACAAAUGUGGAUCGAUCUAUUUCCCACAAAACUGGGCGAACCUGGUCCACCGGUCGAUGUAUCACCUCGUCAGCCAAACGAAUAUGAAUUGCGUGUGGUGGUUUGGAAUACGGAAGAUGUGAUAUUGCAGGAAACAUCUAUCACCGGUGAACAAAUGUCGGAUAUAUAUGUGAAGGGCUGGUUGGCCGGAGUUGACGAACGUCAGAUGACCGAUGUGCACUAUCGUUCGUUAGAUGGGGAGGGGAAUUUCAAUUGGCGAUUUGUUUUCCCCUUUUUCUAUUUGCCGGCCGAGAACACCUUGAUUGUGCGACGCAAAGAACACUUUUGGUCCUUGGACGCGACAGAGAUCCGUCUUCGACCCACUUUGAUCAUGCAAGUCUGGGACAAUGAUCUGUUCUCAGCAGAUGAUUUCUUGGGCACACUGGAACUGAAUCUGGCCAGUAUGCCGGCACCGGCAAAAACCGCUAGUAAAUGCACUUUAAAUAUGCUUCAGUCGAGUGAGAAAGGAGCAAAAACGAUCAACAUUUUUGACUCACGACGUGCACGUGGAUUUUGGCCUUUCAUGAACGAUGAGAACGGUGAACCGGAACUGACGAAUGACAUCGGAAUUUUGGGGAAAAUCGAGAUGGAACUGGAAUUACUGACAAAAGCGGAAGCAUCAGUCAGACCGGCCGGUCUGGCUAGGGAUGAGCCGAAUGAGAAUCCCCAUUUGGAACCACCAAAGUAA